AUGUCGGAGCAGAGAACUAUUGGUGAUAUAUACGAACUGGGUCUAGAUCUACAGUUUUUAUUUAAUGAUUACGAGGAUUUGAUUCUAUCACAAGCAUGCGACGAAAUCGAGAUGAAUCAUACAUUAGGGGAAAUUAAAAUUGAAGAUGACAUGGAUGUCGACACCGCGGCGGGCCAAGAUUUCGAGAAUUUUAACUUGGACUUCACAAAUUUGAAAGAGGAAUGUGUUGAAAAUCCCGAGGAGCCGCGAUUCGGUUUAGAAGUAGAAGAAAGUGAAAUCCAGGCUUUAAUAGAAAGUCAAGAAAACAAGAACACGAAAAAGAACACGCAGUGGGCUCUCAAUAUAUUUGAAAGCUGGCGCCGUGAAAGAAAUGCGCAGGGCCAAGGGCAGGAACUGAUUAUUCCAGAAAUCCAAACUAUGGACGCGGUGCAGCUGAACUUUUAUUUAGGACGCUUUAUAAUGAGAGUACGUAGAAAAGACGGUAAAGAAUAUCCAGCGAAAACAUUGUCCUACAUUAGUUGUGGCAUUUUUGAGAUAUUUACGCGAUCAUGGAACACAUAG